UAGUCGCACUUUCCAUCCGGACGUGUGCAGACUAGCUUUUCGAUGAACAACCACGAUGCGAUAAUUCACCCGCCCAUUACGUGUGAAAACAUGGUUUUCAUAUCCACUUCAUGAUGUUGCGAGAAUUGGUGUGUCGGCGGACUGAUGAGAAAGGAUACACGCUCAAAACGUCAUGCGUUUGUUUUGGCCUUGGCGCUGGGCUCAGGAGCUCCCAAGUAUGGAACCUAACAGAUCGCGAUCACCAACAUGCUCUCUAGCAGAAGGUACGACGUCGUCCUGCUCGGGGCGACAGGCUUCACCGGUACCUUGACAGCUCGACACAUCCAUCAGCACACGCCAGGCAGUCUGAGAUGGGCCAUCGCCGGUCGUUCAAGUGCGAAACUGCAGAAUCUGGCUGCUAGUCUCACUGCGAAUCAGAGCGAAAAACAGAGACCUGACAUCUGCAUUGUCGAGCUGAACGACAAGGAUCUUCAAGAUCUUGCUAGCCAGACACGAGUUAUCAUCAACUGCAUUGGGCCAUACCAUAUCUAUUCUUCAGGUGUGGUCAGAGCUUGUGCAGGAAAUGGCACUCACUACGUCGACGCUUCUGGCGAAACGCCAUGGAUUCAAGACAUGAUCACAAGCUUCGAUUCAACGGCAAAGCUCACAGGUGCAAUUCUUGUUCCUGAGACUGGGUUCGAAUCAACACCUUCUGAUGUCGCAGCUUUUGUUGCAGCAUCAGCACUUCACCGAGCUACAAAGCAAAAAUCGAACCGCAUCACCAGUGUCUUGCACAAAGUCAAGGGCGGUGGUAUGUCUGGGGGUAGUCUCGCAAGUGGCUUGACACUGGUCGAUGAUUAUCCAUACAGACGAGUCUGGCAAAUGCUCACAGAUCCGUGGAUGAUGACACCAACCCCCCACGCAAAGCCAUUCCCAAAUCGAAGAAGCCUGAUCUCACGCUUGCUGGGACCCUUCCGCCAUUCUGAUCUCGGCAUCUUGACCACAUCCGUCACCUCGCCACCCAACAUGGCAAUCGUGCAUCGAUCGUCUUCUUUGAACCCCGGAGUAUUCGACCAAGUGAUGUUCUCAGCUGCCGAGUUUAUCCGCGUUCCCACAUAUCUUGCCGGUGUAUUGAUGCAUGUCACGAUCAUGUUCGGCAUGUGUCUGAUCUUCCUCAGACCAUUUCGCUGGCUCGCUGGGAAACUGAUACCCAAGCCCGGAGAAGGCCCGAAGGAGGAUGCAGAGGAUGGAGUAGAGUGGAGAGCUCUAGCCGAGGUCGGCAACGAUGGACCUCGAGCUUUGUCAAUCUUCCGCUGCAAAGCUGGGCCAUAUCAUAUGACUGCCAUGUUCAUGGCAGAGGUGGCAAUGACCCUCCUCCAAGCGUCAGAAACUAUUUUGAAGACUCAUGGUGCAGGCUUCAUUACUCCUGCCUGCCUUGGUGAUACAUAUCUUGAGCACUUGCGAGCUGUCGGUGUCGAGAUUAGCAGUAAGGUUUUGUUCGGUCAAUAGCGUAGUAGUGUUUUGUAUGUUUUCUCUGCUGCCCCCAGAUCUCCUUCAUGUCUGUACGUGAUUUGGGUCAGUUUUGAGGCAUAGCUUCGACUUGGAGCUCUUCAGGUUGAGC